AUGCUUACCUUCGUCCAUUACAAGGGAGCCCCGCCCUUGGAGUUUGUGAUCCGGCGCGCCGGGCGUCAGGAUGUGGGCGCCAUGGCUGCCAUGGAUGGCGGCGGCGCGACUUGGACGGCCGACUCCAUCUACCCCUCCCCCUUCGUGUGGCUGCAGGCCGAGACGGUGCAGCCUCUGGCCACCCUGCUCGUGGCUGUGCCUGCCGCCCCCGCACCCACCCACCCACCGACGCCCGUCCUGGGCUGGGUGUGCGCCUGGGACAUCGCGGCGGAGGGGCAGCUGGACCUGAUGAUGCUCAGCGUGCACGCUGCGGCGCGGCGGAGGGGCGUCGCCACGGCGCUCCUGCGCGCCCUGGCCGACCGGCACCCCCGCCGCCGGCGCGCGGUGCUGGAGGUGGCGGCAGGCAACCGCGGCGCGCGCGCCUUCUACGCCGCCCAGGGUGCGGUGGAGGUGGGCCGGCGGCGCGGGUACUACGCCGACGGCAGGGACGCGCUGGUCCUGCGCCUUCCCCUCCCGCCCCCGGGGGCCCCGGGGACACGAGAGCGAGCCGGGCAGGCCUGA